AUGCCUCCUCCGGCAGGGCCCGCACCACCGCCUAUCGGCCAGCAGCCAGCGAGGUCGGACGAUAUUCUUGGGUGCCCACCGAAGCAGAAGAAGAUAUCACAGCAGUCUGCUCAACCGGUCGCUGCUGUCACGCAACUGGUGCCGCCGCCGCCUCCUGAAGCUGCACCUGCUGAGCAUGACAAUCCGGAGCACGCGCAUAUGUUGGCGAAUGUCUGGAUGAACGCGACGAAACUUGCUGAGAUGGUGAAGAAAGAAGGUCUCGUGUACAAGAAGGGCAAGUUCUCUGCCAUUGAGGAAAUGCAGCUCAAUGCCGCGAUUGAGAAUUAUCGUGUGGCUAAAGGUCUCACGGAGUACGACAUCGAAAAGAACGUCAUCUUUUCUAAAGAGAGGGGCCGGGACUCGUUCUGGCAAGAGAUUACAUCGGCAUUGCACCUUCGCCCUAUCAUCGCCGUGUAUCACCAUGUUCGUCGCACUCGUCAUCCUGAUAGCCGGAAGGGCAAGUGGACGGAUUCGGAAGAUGACGAGCUAGCGCGGGCUGUGUCCGAUCAUGGACAGCAGUGGGAGAAGGUCGGUCUCAUUGUCAAACGGAUGUCAUCGGACUGCCGGGAUAGAUGGCGUAACCAUCUUCAAGACCGCAGCACGCGUCGCUCAGGGACGUGGACGAAGGAGGAGGAAGAAGAGUUAACGAGGAUUGUCACUGAGAUGACACUCCAGAAGGGCAAGGAUAUUGACAAUGAUAUCUUCUGGGGUGUCGUCAGCCAGCGUAUGGGCGGUAAACGUGGUAGACAGCAGUGUCGAAUCAAAUGGACAGAUACGCUUAGCACUCAAAUGAAGAACGCCGGCGAGAGGCCGCGUUGGAGUCAGAUGGAUGCGUACAUCUUAGUGCAUAAGGUUGAUUCGCUGAACGUCCGAGACGACACUGAGAUCGACUGGAAGCUUCUUCCUGAUGAGCAUUGGAACAUAUGGAGUGCGCAUUCGCUACAGCGGCGAUGGCUCACGAUGAAGCGCAGUGUGAAGGGUUAUGAAGACAUGACCCACGCCGAGAUCAUGGAAAUUCUGAAGACAAAGAAGGCGCAGGCGUUACCCCUGCCCGUCUCAAGCCGGAGAAAGAAGAACAAAGUCACAAGUGCAGAGGCUGUCAAUGACUCUGAUUCAGUAGAUGGAGGGCCGGAGCGAGAAGACGGAUCCAGUAGUGCCUGCGUCCACGUAGGUGCGGAUACGGCCAAUUCUGUAUAG